AUGACCAUUUUGUAUUACAAGUGCCAAUACCCGGACAACUACAGAGUGUUGGUUAACUGUUCCCAGUAUACGGUCCUUUCAACGCCUUCUUCCACCACUACUGCCUUCCCGUCUACAUACUCGUCGCCCUCUCCCUCCCCGACCCCCUCCACAACGUUCUUCCCCUUCUCACAGAGCGGUGACCAGAAGAGCGAUACCAUGAAUACAAUACUUCGGAUAAUUAUAUUCUUGUUAUUAUUGGUGUUAAUCCUGGAAGUGGUUGUGUUCGGCGCCUUUUCCUUACGGGACUUUACUGUUAGACCGAAUCCACAGUCAGUCCCGAAUCCCAGACGCAGGAGUGAUAGUAGUGUUGAUAGAGGAUUGACCAACAGAUCAGAUGAAAUGGCUGAACGCCAGACAUCGUCACCGGAUGUAGAGACUCCUAGUGUAGAGACUCAGCCGGCCAGCACUGAUGUUAUCGAAAGACAAAUAACGCCGCGACUAUUGGCACGGUUGGGAUCGACGGGACAGUUGACGAGCGUUAGGAUCACCGCUCAAACCGCAAGUGUUGUUUCCGAUUCGUUUCCACACGAGAAAUACUCGAUGGCUUUCGUCACUCCUUAUGGCACCGGAAGACAGGAGUGGAUAACGGGUUUCAUAUAUCAUAAAUCUUCAAUAGAUUGGAUGGCAAUGAAUCUCAAGGGCUAUGAGUUGGAGAAGAAGAGUUCCGGCGAUCAGUGGAAGAAUGGAUCCAUUGAUUUCGGCCAAGACUUUAACCCUUCACUCGCUUUCUACGCCAGUAUUGUCGGUCAUAAUGGCUAUGAGUUGGAGAAGAAGAGUUCCGGCGAUCAGUGGAAGAAUGGAUCCAUUGAUUUCGGCCAAGACUUUAACCCUUCACUCGCUUUCUACGCCAGUAUUGUCGGUCAUAAUGUCAGUGACGUGUGUUUCGCCGCCCAGACCUCUGUCUCUAAAGGCUCGUACCGACGAGAGUACCGGUGCUAUGAGUUUGACGAUCAGUUGAAGCCAACGAUAAGUACUGAUCGCGUGAUUAAAGGCAUUCAAUCCAAGAUGACUGCCGAUAACGACCCGAAAGCUACACAACCGCUGACCAGUCUUACGAGUCCGGAGACCAAUCGGCCACUGAUUGCUGUAUUCGUGUUCAAUCUCUUCGACACUAAUGAGACUUUAAUUACUCACUAUUUGUUUCUCUAUAACGAGGAUAAAGUGGUCUCUUAUUGUCACUCAAGUAAUAGUCUCUUUCAUUCAGAGUGUCAACACCCGGACAACUACACAGUGUAUGCCAAUUGUUCCCAAUUUAAAGCCAAACCAACGACAAGCCAUUCUUCGGCCGCUAACCAGAAGGUGAAGUCUGAGCGAAACACAAAUAACACCGCAAAGAAAUACUAUCUGAGUUUUACCGAAUCCAAAGAGAUUCACCCGAAGAAGAAGAACAACCGAAUCGGGUAUAUGUUAUUAGAUAUGAAGCUAAAGUUGCAAAUCCAUUACAGCACUAGUCUUGGAGUGCUUAUCCAAAUGAAACCGUUCGAACUCAAGGACUGGUUUGACGGACGGCUUACUUGCCAUAAGUAUUGGUAUUGUUAUAACUCUGGAUAUUAUCUUAAAAUUGCUUAUAACACCGACAUUGAGGCCGAGAAUAACAAUGAGUUCGGAAACAAUCAACACUUUAUAUUUCCAUAA